CAUCUAUUUUUCUCCGGUUGUUAUAACUUAUAGCAAUAAUCUUCUGAUAGUGAUAGACAUUGCUCACUCGAUUUGUUUGAUAUCAUCAAACCCAAGAUUUCUCAACCCACCUCUUUUUACUCUUUCUAUUUCUUUAACAUUUUUUUCUUUUUUAAUUAAUGAAAAAUUAAUAUGAAAGAGGAAUCUUUUUAUUGUUAAUUUUCAUUUAAAAGCUGAAUUUGUUGUUGUGGGUGAUAUCUAUUUAUAUAUAUAUAUAUAUAUCAACAGAAAUUGGUGAGCGUUCAUUCAAUUUAAAAUCUGAGCCUUCUCUCAAAUCUGAAUCUCUAUACUCUCCCAAUCAAUGGCUGACACGUCAAACGUCAACGACGAGGAGAAACGAACCUUUAUUUUCUCCUACGGCACACUCAAGCGGGGUUUUCAGAACUACAAUCUAACUCAAAACCUAAUCUCCCAAAACGACGCCGUUUACAUCGGCGAUUUCUUCACUUACCAACCCAUUCCCCUCGUAAUCGGCAUCUACGGCAUCCCUUACCUAAUCAACCUUCCCGGGUCGGGUCAACGAAUCAAGGGCGAGCUCUAUUCCGUCACGGCCUCGGGUCUCGCCCUCCUAGACGAUCUCGAAGGCGUCGCUAUCGGCCACUACGAACGGCUCCCGAUUCAGGUGGUGGGAGGAGAUGUUGAGAAGGAGGUGGUUUCGGCUGAGGCUUAUUUUGCGCACCGAAGCUUUGGGAAUGAGCUGUGGAAGGAAAAUGGGGAAAUGGGUUUGAGUGAGUAUUCGGAGAUUGAGGGGAGAAAGUAUGUGUUGAAGGGGGACAGAGUUGAGUAUGGCCGGACCAUUCUCGACGACCUUCGACUUUUUCUGGCUGACUCCCAUUGAAACUCAAAAUGGAAUCUGCAGGGUAGGGGUAAUUUCGGAAUUUGGCUAAUUUAUUAUUAAUUGCCUAAGUUUUUUUUAGAUUAUUUUCUUGUUUUUUUUCAGGAGAAGAAUCUUCUUUUUUUGGAUAAAUAAUCAUUUUAGUAAUAUUAUGUUUAGGCUUAUUAUUA